UCAUAAUGAGAUUCCUUACUAAAAUUUGAAGAAAUGUAAUUUUGUUUCAUGAGAUAGCUCAGUCAGUAUAGCAACAUGCUACAGGCUAGAUAGCCAAGGUUCAGUUCCUGGCAGAGAAUAUUUCUCUCCUCUGUAGCAAUCCAGACCAGCUCUGAGGCCCACCUAACCUCCUAUCGAAUGGGUACCAGGGGUUACUCCCCCAGGGGGAUAAAGCAGUCAGGGCAUGAAGCUGACCAGUCACCUUCAUCCAGUGUCAAGUUCAAGAAUGGUGGAGCUAUACCUACACUGCCUCACAUGUCUUCAUGGCAUAAUGCUUAAUUGAGCAUGGGGACAAUUUUACCUUCAUUAGACAUUCUUGGACUUUUCAUGAUACUUCAAAUUUGGAUUUAAUUAAUACCAAAUGAAAUUAUACAUCUGGAAGAGAAAAAUUAAUCUGUAGGACAGCAGAGUGGGUUCCAUUAUAGAAGUUAAUUAAUCCUACUGUAAUCCAAGUAAUGGAUAUAAAAUUUUUGGGUGGUGUUGAAGGAAAAAUGAGAAGGGAUGUAAAUAUAAGAGGAAUGUUUGCAACUGCUUGGUCAUGCAAAUAGAAUGAUAGUGUGGCUAGAGCAAGGAUGUUGAGAAGGGCUUUAGAAUUACUUUCUGAAUGUGAGAGUCACCCAGUUGGGUGGAUACUAAUAGACAGUAUGAAGAGAGGAAUUAACUGGCAAGUUAUCAAAAGUGAAAUGUGGGAAGAAGGGGUAGAGAUUGGAGAUAUCAUGCACAUAGAUCUGCAUACAGCAGAAAUUAUGUGGAAGAACAUAAAAAGAUUAUUGUGUUUAAUUCUUUGAUUCACAUAAUACCAGGAAACUGAAUUUUAUUCACUUUAAGCAUUCCACUGAGACCAUUGUGCUAUCAUGAAUGUGGUCCAGUGUGGACUGAAGAUGCUUAUGCUGUGAGACAUUCUAACCACCCAGCAGGGUUCCUGCAGAGCUCACCAACAAGGGUGACACACUGCCACCAACAUCAUGCCCUGCCAGUGCACUCAGUCCCGUCUUCCCCAUGGUACUCAUCGGCAGUGAAUUCUGCCUCAGACCUGCAUGCUGGCCCACGGUUUGCACCUAGCUGCCAGUUCCGUCAGUUUGGCCACUGCACACCAUACAACCAUCAUUAUCAGCUUUAUCCGCCUUUCCUGGUGCAGUCACAACUUGGUAGAGUUGCUCCUGAGCAGAAUGCACUCUCAGGAUGACCAUCAUAUGUUCACAUUGCAACUUAUGCACCUAGGCAACUUCAGGGUGAAUGUGCAUCCAUUGGGCGGCAGAGAGCACCGGAAGAAUGACACAGUUGGAUCGAGGAAUUGUCCACCCCCGGUCCACACAAACGUAAAUCGUGGGUCCUCACAGGGGCCCGUCCUAGAUCACCACGACACCAUCCUAACACCAGCAACAGAGGGAGCAUUCCACUGAGACCAUUGUGCUGUCAUGAAUGUGGCCCAGUGUGGACUGAAGAUGCUUAUGCUGUGAGACAUUUCUGCAGAGCUCACCAACAGGGUUGACAUGCUGCCACCAACAUCAUGCCCUGCCAAUUCACUCAGGCCCUUCUUCCCCACGGCACUCAUCGGCAGUGAAUUCUUGAUUGACACUGCUCUCAGUCUCAGACUUUGUGGAAUUUGGAAGAACUACUUUACAUUAUGAAUACAUAAUUGCAUGCAUACUAUCUGAUCUGUUAGAACCAAAUGGUAUGAGAAUAAACUAGGAAAUUGUUGACUAUGACUUAAGACUGUACAGAGUCCUGGCGGAGAUUCAAACUGAGCACCUCCCAACAAGAAGUAGAACAUUGCCAUUAUGCCAUCCCAUCUGGAAAGAAUACAAGCUUCUAGUGAUGAACAUACAUUCAGUUUCAUUUGCCAUUGUUUGCAAGGAAAUGUAUGGAGCACAUUACCUGCAGAUAGCUCGA